AUGCAGCCAUUCAAGGUUCUCCGUCUCUUCCUGUUGGCCUUGACAGCUCGAGAUUUGGGGCGUAGCCAACGUAACGGAGCUGGCGAGGCUAAAAAUGGCACCCACCCCAACUACCACCAGAAGAAUGUCAUUCAGCGCUGCAAGAACUUCAAUCUUGAGGCGUCCAAGAAAGGAGACCCGAACGACGCCAAAAAGACGAUCAACCGUCUGUUCGCCCGUGCCGAGUGCAAGGGUUUGUACGGAGCACCUAACGGCUUCCGCUGUUCCUACAUUGACCUGAGCCUGUGCUUCACGUUGACAGGCGACACGCAGAUCGUCAAGAGACAACUAGGACGGGCCUUCGAGUCAUGUGAUGCUAAGAAUUGUGUCAUGGACACCAGCACGGUUGGAAAAUGCUAUGGCUGUAAACACCCUGCACAGCCCAAUGCCACGGAUACGUGGGCCAAAUUUGACCUAGAUGGUGUGCUGGACUCCGACUUUGGCUUCCUUAGCUGCUAUGGACGCGGUGGCUUUGAGUGCCCCGACGAAGGUGAUCCGAUGCCUUAUUGA